UCACUUCAUCGUCGGAUUGUGAAUCCUCCCAGGUCCGAUGGGAAUUCGGCUGAUGACGUCCCGGAAUGUCACUGAUAUUUCUCGUCACAUUUAUCCCCACUGGAAAAUCCGCAGUGUCCAUGAACGCAUCACAAAGUUCUGUCUCGCGGUGAGUUGAGAGACUUCUUCUUCAGAACAGUCGAUGAGCAAAGAGGUGUCCGGAGUUCAAGUCGGCUCCGCGGGUCGGGUAGGCCGGCUGCUUCGAACCCGACGUCGACGCCGAGGUUGAGGAAUGGGUUGCAGCCACAGCAAGAGGAAAGCCAAGAAGAAGAACCAAGAAGAUGGAGGUGGACCACGUGAUGUCCUGCUAGAGAAGCAGCUGGAGCGCUUUGAAUGGCAGCACAGGAUCUUGAAAAGAGCCCUUUCAGCCCCUGAGUUCAAAGACGUGGUGGAGCUCCUGAAGGAGCAUGCAGAAGAAGACUUGUGUUCUCUUGUCCUGGACCUGCUCCAGAAGGUGAAGGCGGAGACAACAACUGCUCUUGCUGCUCAGUAUCAGUGCGCACUGCUGGAAGAAAAAGGCCAUUUGACCGAAACAUUCAAAGUGACUGAGAGCAACCUAAAGAAUGAGGUCAGCCGUUUGGAGGCAGAGCUUCAGAACUUUAACCGCUUGAAGCAGAAAGUUGACGAAUCGAUGCUACGAAAAACCUUCACCCGAAACGUGGAGGUACGCGGCAGCCCUGGAGACUUCUGGGAGUGCGAGCACGAGUCCUUGCUGUUUGUCAUCGAGAUGAAGAAUGAGCGUGUGCAGGAGCAGAGCAGGAAGCUGCAGCAGAUGGACAUGCUGGUCCAGAAGAAUCAUAGUCUGGAGGAUCAACUGGUCGAGGCCCUGCGGCAGAAUGAGGAUCUGAGAGUCCGCGUGGGACACUUUCAGAGCACCAUCCAGCAGCUGUCGGCGAAGCAGCAGCACCUGAUGAUGGCGCUGGAGAAGCAAGAAGCAGCCAGUCAGACGCUUUCUCAAGAAAAGGAGCAGUUGAUGUUUAAGUUGCAACACUGAGACCCUUCAGGGAACUCCAGAGCAUCGCUCCAGUCAGAAUCCGCACAUUUUCUGACCUGACUCUUUUCAAGUUUUCCACAUGGACAGUCUGCAACACCAAGAAUGGAUGGGAUGAAAGUUUUCUGGAUGGAAUGUUCACAAGUGUUUUCGUGUUUGUUGUAUUUUGCUGUUGUGUUUUUUGACACGGAUAGCGUCCCCGGUGCCUUCUCACGAACAUUAUUGUGUUUGUGAAUGUGGCUCUGUUUUCUUAUAAU